CUUACAGUUCCCGCGAAUCUAAACUUCCUUGAAGAAGACCAAACCUCGUCUCCUCUCCCUCUCCUGUCUCUACACAAGAGAAAAAAAAAAACAAUCCUUUUCCUUCUCCCAACAAUCUAACCUUCCUCUAACCUCUCUUCUCUUCUUACAAUCGAAUUAAUCUUCAAGAAAACACAUCAGAGAGAGGAUGAAGAUGACGUCAUCUCUCCGAAACCCGUUGCCUUGUCGAAGUACUCGAACCGAAUCGAGUUAAAGACUCUCCUCGAACGGAGCGACGGCGGCGCAAGAUUAGCCGGUAAAAGGGUCGUGAUCGGUGGGUGGGUUAAGUCUUCUAGAGCCGUUAAGAAAGACUCUCCUCCUCCUCCGCCGCCGUCGCAGCCGUCGUCAGUAGCCGUCCCUCCGCCACCGUCGACGACGAAGUCCAACAUUAGCUGCACGGAGAUCAUACAGUCAAAGAUGAAUAUUUUCAGAAAGCUUUUCGAUGUGUUGAGCGGCGGCGGAAAGACGACUUACCCGAUCUUCGAUAAACCGGAGAUAACCGGUCAGAAAGCCACGUCACCACCGGAGUAUACUAUAUACUUCUUGAUCAGUGAUGGCUCCUCUGUCAACAGUCUCCAGGUUGUUGUUGAUUCUGCAAUGUCGACUAUUCCAACAACUCAGCUUAUGUCUCUAGGGACAUGUAUCGUAGCAGAAGGUGUGCUAAGACAUCCCCUGGCUGCCUCUGCAAAACACGUGAUCGAGCUUGAGGCAGAGAAGCUUCUUCAUGUAGGAACAGUUGAUCCAGAGAAGUAUCCACUCUCCAAGAAACAGCUUCCUCUCCAUUUGCUUAGAGACUUCUCUCACUUCAGGCCCCGCACAACUACGGUUGGGUCGGUGACUCGAGUCCAUAGUGCGUUAACCUUAGCGAGCCACACGUUCUUUCAAUCUAACGGGUUUCAGUAUGUUCAAGUACCAGUUAUCACAACAACUGGAGUCGGCGAGAUGUUUAGAGUCACUACUACUCUUGACAGAGAGGAGAAGAAGCAUGAUGGAUUGAGCAUUGAGACAGUAAAGGCUGCGAUAAAGGAGAAGAGUAGACUCAUUGAUCACCUUAAGAGAUCUGACAGCAACCGAGAAGCUGUGGCUGCUGCUGUGCACGACUUGAAGAAAACGACAGAUCUUGCAGCUCAGCUUGAGAAGAAACAAAAACCAAAGGCAGCAACUCAGAAGCUUGAUUUCUUUGGUUGUGACGCUUAUCUGACUGUGUCUGGGAGGUUCCAUCUUGAGAGCUACGCUUCUGCGCUUGGAAAGGUUUAUACCUAUGGACCGAGAUUCACAGCUGAUAAAAUCGAUAACGCGAGGCACUUGGCAGAGACGUGGAAUGUGGAAGCUGAGAUGGCUUUCUCUGAGUUGGAUGAUGCUAUGGACUGUGCUGAUGACUUCUUCAAGUUCCUCUGCAGAUAUCUUCUUGAAAAUCGUCAUGAAGAUAUGAAGUUCAUAUCGAAACGAGUUGACAAGACCGUUACCACACGUCUUGAAGCAACAGCUUCCAAUUCUCUUCUGAGGUACUCUUAUACUGAAGCGAUUAGUCUUCUUCAAAAGGCAACCACUAGAACAUUCGAAACCAAGCCUAAGUGGGGCGUUGAUUUAACAGAGGAGCAUCUCAGUUAUCUAACUGAUGAGAUCUGCAAGGGCUCUGUAAUGAUCAUACAUAGCUACCCGAAAGAGGUUAAACCGUUUUACGUAAGGUUGAAUGACGAUAAGAAGACUGUGGCAGCGUUUGAUCUGGUCGUACCAAAGGUUGGCGUUGUGAUCAGUGGGAGCCAAAACGAAGAACGGUUUGAGAUUUUGGAUGCGAGUAUCAAGGAACUUGGAUCAACAUCAAGGGAGAAGUACGAGUGGUACUUAGAUUUAAGGAGGCAUGGGACAGUGAAGCAUUCAGGGAUAAGCCUAAGGAUGGAACAUAUGCUUUUGUUUGCUACUGGGCUUCCUGAUAUCAAAGACGCAGUUCCUUUCCCAAGAAGUUGGGGCAAAGCAAACAAUUGAAAGCAGACUCAAAGUUGUGUGCACAAACAAGCUCAGUCUUAUUGUUAUUCAAUUUAUCUGUGUAACCAUACUUGGUGAAAAAGGGAAUUGUAUCCCAAAGUGUUCAUAAUGAUUAUUUGGGAUUGUAUAUUUUGGAUUGUAAAUAUGCAAUAAGAUAUCGAAACCUACAUGAAAAUAAUGUCUAACGUUGGAACCACACAUAAAUUGUAAAAGCUUUGAUAGAUUCCUUAGAUCAUCUAUGCUCUCUGCUUUGUACCAGAUUGUUUUAAAGCAUUUGUGAAUCCAAAGAAUUUUACUAGCACUCAACACCAUGAAUGAUUGUUAAACUAAAUUUGAUAACUACUUAUUAUAAAAACAUUCGAUAAUGGUUUGAUGAAACUAGAGAACACACAGUUCCGUCAAACAGCCACACAAAUGGGAAUAAGGGAUCAAACGUUGGUAAGACGGUUUAUUGGUUUAUUCUUUAAAUCAUUAUUUAAGCACCAGAUUGACAACAACAAAACAAAACAAUUGAUAACUUUUCAAAUGAAAUGGAGAACACACAAAAAAACAAUGUUGGACAAAACAAAUAUCUAUGUGAAUAUUGCUUUGUUUAUCCUAAAGCUUUUUUAAAUUCCAUUUUGAAAAUAAAAGCUGAAGGACAAAAUAAAUAUCUAUGUGAAUCUAAUGGCAAUAGUCCACUACUGAAGGGGGAUGCAAACGCAGUUAUUUUAAGCAGACAAGAUGAUAAUAUAGUAAUGGUCCAUACAAAUCCAAUAAUAACUCAGAAUAAUAAUGUGGGUGAGAGGGGAGAUAGGUGGAAAACAAAAAAGAGUAAAUGACUCUAAAGACUAAAAAGAUAAACAACAGUAUAUGUCUCCAUUAUUGAGCAAAAAAAAAAGUAAUGUAAAGAU